UGAGAGGGGUCAGACAUUAUUGAUGGCUUUGUCAUCACAAAGGAAGCAACCGUUCGGGCAAACUGUCAGCAGAAAAACAAUGUGUCGAUCAGGCACAGUCACCAGAAAGAUGGCCUCACAAGAGCAGUUCUGGCCGGUCCCAAUGAAGGCAAUUGGAGCACAAAACCUUCUGACGAUGCCUGGAGGUGUGACCAAAUCAGGGUAUCUUCAUAAAAAAGGAGGCACUCAGCUGCAGAUCCUAAAGUGGCCGUUGAGAUUUGUAAUUAUCCAUGAGGGAUGUAUUUACUAUUUUAAGAGCAGCACUUCUGCAUCUCCACAGGGUGCAUUUUCUCUGAAUGGUUAUAACAGGGUUAUGCGGGCAGCUGAGGAGACAACAUCAAGCAAUGUGUUUCCUUUCAAGUUAGUUCACAUUAGCAAGAAGCACAGGACGUGGUUCUUUUCAGCUUCUUCUGAAGAUGAAAGAAAGAAUUGGAUGCUCUCCUUGAGGAGGGAAAUUGAUCACUACCAUGAGAAGAAAGAAACAGUAACAGAAUUCAGUGACUCUGGUUCUGAUGCAGACAGUUUCUAUGGCUCAGUAGAACGUCCCAUUGAUAUCAAGUAUUCUCAUCAUUCAGCAGAUAAUGAAGAUUAUGACCAGGAGGAAGAGGAGGAGUCAUAUUUGCAGCCAGAUACUUCUGACAUAAUGAAAGAUGAUAUGGUCCUGCCCCCAGCCUACCCACCUCCACCAGUGCCUCACAUCAGAAAAUCUGCCUACCAAGAGUCAAGGGCAAAUUCCUUUGCUGGCAAACCAUGUGUGCCAGUACCACCACCUCCUCCAAAAAGAAGCUUACCUGAUAUCAAACUAGAGGAUCUUUUAAAUGCAAGAGAACCCCAACUGCAGUGCCGAGCUGAACCUAAUAUAAAGAGUCAACCAUCAAGCCGGAGACUGAGUGAACAGCUACCCCCUGUGCCCCCUCUACCUCUUUUCAAAAAACCUGUGUGUGUCAAAGAAUCUCACUCAUUGCCUCCAGAGCCUCUGCCUCUAGCUCAAGUUCUUGCUACUCCAGAAGGAUGCGAGAAGCUAAAAACCUUAAAUCUUUCAGCACGGACUCCACCUCCACUACCAAGCAGUAAACCCAAGCUGUCACAGCUUACUGAAAAACCAGUAGAGCCCAAAGUGCCAAGAGAACAUGGUAAACCUGGACUGUUUGUGCCACCAGUGCUCCCAAAGCCACCUGUGCCAAGCCACCAGCCCCCUGUCAUCAAACCUAGAUCAGAGAAGUCUUCAUGUCCCCAGUUACAGAGAUCACCACCAGAUGGACAGAGUUUUAGGAGCUUCUCAUUUGAAAAACCAGCACUACCCUCCAAGCCAAACCAACCUGAUGAUGAUUCUGAUGAUGACUAUGAAAAAGUUGGGCUGCCUGCUUCAAUAUUUCUUAAUACCUGUGAAUCCUUCGAAGUUGAAAGGACAUUUAAAGCUAGCAGCCCACAGGGACAACCACAAAAUGGAUUGUACUGUAUUAGGAACUCAUCUACUAAGCCUGGAAAGGUAUUGGUUGUAUGGGAUGAAUCUGCGGAGAAAGUGAGAAACUACAGAAUCUUUGAAAAGGAUUGCAAGUUUUACCUUGAUUCAGAUAUCAUGUUUUUGAACAUGGGAAGUUUGGUUGAAUACUACAGCACUCACAUCUUACCUAGUCAUGACAGCCUGAUUCUUCGAUGUCCUUAUGGUUACUCUAAGCCCAGGUGACAUGAUUGGCACUUUAGGACGAGUGGGUUCCCUACUGCCCUUGAAUUAAAUGUGGACUCCUGCCAUUGUUGGCCAUCUCAUUGUUUGCACAAAGAAAAUGACUCUUGUUUCAAUCAUUUAUUCUCUAAUGAACUGUAUAUAGACUCUACUUUAUGAACUCUUGGUAAAACCUUACAGUCCAGAUCAGUGGAUUUUACCAUCUUUUCCGUUUAAAAGAUCUGAACUGAUUAUGCUGUGAAAAGCUCUCCAUGAUACCUAUACCUUUUAUAAAACUGCUGCUAUUACUAAUCUUCUGGGAGUGUGGAAGAUGGAUAUGAACAAAGACAUGGUCUGAAUACAAUCAGUACAGGAAAGGGAAACUUCUGAAAAUGUAUCAGAAUUCACUUGUGGCAGGGAAUACUCUGACUUGAAGGCAUUACUUCUUAAGUCAGCACUGGUGCUCAACUGAGGCUUUUAUAUUACUUGUGUAAUUGACUUGUAAAUAAUAAAGACUUCUGUGCAAAUAAUUUGGUUUACUAUAGGUAAAGGUGAUUAGGAAAUAUGGCUUUUUUAAAGCCACUUCAUACAUAAAUGUAACUUCUCAUUACAGUAAUCAAGGUACUAUCCAAGUACUACAGUUGUGCAAUCCCACAUUUUACUGAAUGAUGUGCACUUCAGAUAGGCUUGAAAUAAUGUUUAUUUGGCUUUCAUGAGAGUUCCAUUACUUGGUUCUGAACUGGAAGGGUAUUUCUAAUGGGUAUAUGAAAAGAGAAGAGACUACAUAAGAUGUAGGAGGACGGGAGGGAGUCUUUUGAAUACCCUAAAUUCUGACUAGCAGUUUUCUCACACUGCCAUUAUCAAAGGUUCUUUAAAACAGACUGCACAAAAACCCUUGAAGCUGUCAGUGUGAUGCUAUGACCACUCCAUAGAUUUUUAUUGUCAGUCUCUUAGGCUCAGGUCAUCAGCCCAUUGUGUUCUCUUCUAGGGUAAAACAAACUGUUCUAGUCUAUUUUUGCAGUCCAGCCAGAAAUUUUUAUUUUUAAAAUCACUACUCAGUUUGUAGUUGCAUACAAAGGAAAAUCUGUUUUUAACAUAUUAUCAGAACUGUCAGACUGUCAGUGAUAGGCAUGAGCAGGGUGCUUGUAAUAGUUGUUCCCUAAUAUUUUUGAGACUGGUAUCUUAAAGCCAAGGGCUUUAUUUAUGCCAAAAUUACUGUAUUCCUAAAUUUUAAUAAGGAGGAUACUCUUAUUUGAAUGACCAGUUCAGUAACUUUGUUGGUUCUAAAGUACUGUUAUAAUGGUCUCAUAUCUCUAAUACAGGACAUGUAAUAAUAAUUUGAAGAAAAAAAAUCCUGUCACUCCUAAAACAGGGGAAGGUAUCUAGUUACUGUCAGUCUGAAUCUGUACCCACAAACUCCACUUUUUCUGCUACCUUUUUGAAGUUUACAUGUCAGUUUUAAUCUUGUUACAGUUUGAUGGUUACAACUUCAAAAACAUAAACAAAACCAGUGCAGAAUAAGAAUUUUCUAUUUAUGAAAACAGUAAACCAGGAUUUAAUCCCUAAGGGAUUUUCAUUAAUAAAAAGAUUAACAUUAGGACCAUGCAUAGGAUGAAUCUCAGAGAAAAGAACCUCUGCCUCUGUGCAAGAGACACAGACAUACACAGUAUUAGUGUUUUGAUCUCUGUUCCCGCUGUAAUAGGUUUUAUGUGUAUAAAUAAUAUGCAGUACUUAAAUUCCAGAUUCUGUUGUACAUUGCAUAUUUUAAGUUUCUAAUUUCUUGUACUUGAAAUUAAUAUCCCUGUGGUACACUAUGCUGAUACAAUCCACUCUAAAAGCUCAGCCAACAAAGCAUUUAAAAAUAUGUUUGGCAUAUAAAUAUAUGUGUAUCAAAGCAAGUUCUAGUUUCUUGCAGUAUUUACUGUUUAUGGAGUAAAUUUUUCUCUGUCUGGGAAUGACUGCAUUGUUGUGUCAUGAAAAUCAUAUUUAAAAUAUGCUAUCUUUUGGGCCCUGUUCAGAUGUUUUAAUUUCUUUUGCAUCCAUAUACUCUUAAGGUUUUUAAACUGUACUUAUGUAAUCCAAUACAUGUAAAACAUUAAUAACAUCUUUACCUGUGUAAUGCAAGUUUUGCAAAUAUGUAAUUUUUUUUAUUAUUUUCCUUUUUUAUAUAAAUGUAUAUAUUUCUGAAGUGGAUAAAGUUUC